GAAGGUCUGACGGCGGAAGAAGCUGCCAAGCGGCUCGAACUGUACGGUCGAAAUGAGCUUCCCGAGCAUGUGGAUCCCAAGUGGCUUAUCUUCUUGCGCCAGUUCUGGGCCCCCAUGCCUAUUAUGAUUUGGAUCGCAGUAAUCAUUGAAGCUGGCAUUCAAAAUUUUAUCGAUAUGGGGAUUCUCUUGCUCAUUCAGUUUGCGAACGGUUCAAUUAGUUUCUACGAAACCACCAAGGCGGGCGACGCCGUCGCAGCCCUCAAAUCAUCUCUCAAGCCUUCGGCGACCUGCAAGCGAGACGGUAAAUGGCAAGUGAUCGAUGGUACCUUACUGGUUCCCGGUGAUACCGUUCUUUUGGGUAGUGGUUCAGCGAUUCCCGCCGAUUGCCGAGUGAAUCAUUCCGAGAUCGAUGUUGAUCAGGCAGCUCUUACAGGCGAAUCGCUACCGGUGACGUUCUACAAAGGAGAUUCUUGUAAAAUGGGAUCUACUGUUGUCCGUGGGGAAGUCGAGGCAACGGUUGAGUUUACUGGAGCCGAGACGUUUUUCGGCAAAACCGCCAGCUUGCUCCAAGAGCAUCACGAGUAUAGUCACUUGCAGAAAAUUCUCAUGAAAAUCAUGAUGGUAUUGGUUGGUCUGUCCCUGACUUUGUGUAUAAUCAACUUUGCCUAUCUACUGGCGGAAGGCGUUGACGUGCAAGAAGCACUGUCUUUCACGAUUGUGAUUUUGGUCGCAAGUAUUCCUCUUGCCAUCGAAAUCGUCACCACUACGACCUUGGCAAUCGGGUCCAAGAAUCUUGCCAAGCAUGGUGCGAUCGUCGCAAAACUUUCUGCAAUCGAGGAUCUCGCUGGCAUGUCCAUUCUAUGCUCUGACAAGACCGGCACUUUGACGCUGAACCAAAUGAUGCUUCAAGACGAUACCCCCAUUUACUGUGACGGAGAAACACAAGAGUCUGUACUAGUCUUGGCUGCUAUGGCCGCCAAAUGGAAAGAACCGCCGAGAGAUGCGCUCGAUCGCUUGACUCUGGGCUCUGUAAACAUGUCACUUCUAGAAUCCUACGAACAAACGGAUUAUCUUCCAUUCGACCCACAAACCAAAAGAACGGAAGGGACGGUGCGAAAUAAGGAAACAGGAGUUGAGUUCAAGACUUCGAAAGGAGCGCCACAUAUCAUCCUGGCUCUCCUCCCGCAGUCGUCGUCGAACAUUCGAGAUCAAGUAGAAAAAGAUGUUGCUCGUCUAGGAGAAUGUGGUAUUCGGUCCUUAGCAGUUGCCCGUACAAUCUCUGGAACUGACACGUGGGAAAUGGCUGGUCUCCUGACGUUCCUGGAUCCUCCUCGCCUCGAUACAAAGCAAACAAUCGAGGACGCUCGUCACCAUGGAGUUCAGGUGAAAAUGAUCACAGGUGACCAUUUGCUAAUUGCACGGAAUACAGCCUUGCAAUUGGACAUGGGAAACAAAAUAUUUACUGCUGAAAGACUACCUAUGCUUGAUACCGAGACUAAGACAAAGCCGAAAAACUUGAGCGCAGAUUAUGGAGAUUUAUGUCUCGUAGCCGAUGGUUUUGCUCAAGUCUUCCCUGAGCAUAAGUAUUUGAUAGUUGAAUGCCUUCGUGAAAUGGGCUACACCGUGGGAAUGACGGGUGAUGGGGUCAACGACGCUCCUGCUUUGAAAAGAGCUGAUAUUGGCAUAGCCGUUGCAGGUGCAACCGACGCAGCUAGAGCGGCCGCUGAUAUCGUUCUUACUGAGGAGGGACUAGGAACGAUUAUACACGGAAUCAUUCUGGCUCGCGAAAUCUUUCAGAGAAUGAGCAACUUUAUUACCUAUCGAAUUUCGGCAACUCUUCAGCUGCUGCUCUUUUUCUUUAUAGCAAUUUUCGCUUUUCAUCCUAAAUUCUUUCAUAUGCCGGUCCUCAUGCUGAUGCUUAUCACAUUGCUGAACGAUGGAACUCUGAUCACAAUUGCUUAUGAUUAUGCUGAAGCGAGCUCGACCCCUAACCGAUGGAAUUUACCCGUACUUUUUGUUGCUAGUUCAGUGCUUGCUGCCGUGUCCUGCCUCAGUUCACUGCUCCUUCUUCACUUUCUCCUCGACAGUUGGAAUCCGGAUGGUUUGCUUCAGUCCCUUGGAAUGGCAGGGGUUCAGUAUGGUCAAAUAACCACAUCUAUUUAUUUGAAGGUUUCUGUUUCGGAUUUCCUCACGCUUUUCAGCGCUCGGACCGGUCAACUUUUCUUUUGGCAGGUCAAGCCUGCUCCCAUCUUAAUGGCAGGUGGCCUUGUGGCGCUAUCGAUAUCAUCACUGCUUUCAAUUUUCUGGCCCGAUUCGGAGCCUGAUGGCAUUCUCUCUCAAGGAUUGCAAGGCCAGAUUGGCCUAUUCGCCUUUGUGUGGAUAUAUUGCGUAAUCUUUUGGUUCAUUCAAGACUUCCUCAAAGUGGCU